GACAUCGUCGUCAAGGCAAAGGAAGGAGCAACCCAGAACAAUCACCACCCCAUCCUUUGUUCUAUUCUUCUUCUUCUUCUUCUUCUUCUUCUUCUUCUUUCCAGGAAAUGGCAAGUGCCGGGUCCAACAACAGAGUUAUCACAGGGUGGGCAGCAAGAGAUGCCUCAGGAGUCUUGACACCUUACACCUAUACGCUAAGGGAAACCGGCCCGGAGGAUGUGCUCAUCAAGGUGUUGUACUGUGGGAUAUGCCACACUGAUAUCCACCAAGCAAAGAACCACUUGGGCAUGUCCAAUUAUCCAAUGGUCCCUGGACAUGAAGUUGCUGGGGAAGUGGCUGAGGUGGGAUCUAAGGUGAGCAAGUUUAGAGUUGGUGACACGGUUGGGGUCGGGGUGGUGGUUGGCUGCUGUCGAGCAUGCGGUCCUUGCAAGGCCAACAUAGAGCAGUACUGCAAUAAGAGGAUUUGGUCAUACAACGACGUCUACACUGAUGGAAAGCCCACCCAAGGUGGCUUUGCUCCUGCCAUGGUUGUUGAUCAGAAGUUUGUGGUGAAAAUACCGGACGGUUUAGCACCAGAACAAGCAGCACCACUCCUGUGUGCAGGCUUGACUGUGUACAGUCCCCUGAAGAGUUUUGGUUUAAUGAAGGAAGGGUUGAAGGGAGGGAUCCUUGGCCUUGGAGGAGUAGGUCACAUGGGAGUCAAGAUUGCCAAGGCCAUGGGCCACCAUAUCACCGUCAUCAGCUCCUCCGACAAGAAGAGGGAGGAGGCCAUGGAGCACCUCGGCGCCGACGCUUACCUCGUGAGCUCCGACGCCGAUCAGAUGGCAGCCGCCGUGGAUACUCUCGACUACAUCAUCGACACGAUCCCGGUGUUCCACCCUUUGGAACCCUACCUCCCUCUCCUCAAGGUUGAUGGCAAGUUGAUCAUGAUGGGAGUCAUCAACCAGCCGAUGCAGUUUGUGACUCCUAUGAUCAUGCUAGGAAGGAAAUCUAUCAUUGGGACUUUCAUUGGGAGUAUGGAGGAGGCACAGGAGAUGUUGGAGUUUUGUAAGGAGAAGGGGCUGACAUCCAUGAUUGAGAUGGUGAAGAUGGAAUCUGUGAACCAAGCAAUAGAGAGGCUCGAGCGAAACGAUGUCAGGUAUAGGUUUGUUGUGGAUGUGGCUCGCAGCAAACUCUGAACAUAAUCCUCAAAACGGUCCCAGAAGAAACCAAUAGAAGGGUCUAAAUCUCUUUCAGCUAAGAACUUGGUGGCAAGUUUCAUUAAGUUGUAUUUAUUCUUCCCUUGCGAGUGGUCAUGAAAUGGUCAAUAAGAAUUAGAAGCUACCCUGUAAUUUUUUGUGAAUGCUACUAUUCUUGAGUAUGUUGCGAUUGCAGAAACCUCCUCCUGUUCUUUUCUUAUGUUCAAA